AUGCACUAUCCAUCAUCAGCAGGACAUCAACAAUUCAAUCCAAUGUAUAAUCAAUCACGAUCACAACCAAUGACUUAUAAUAAUAAUACUCAAUUUUCUUCUCAACAAUAUCCUGUAAAUUAUUCAACAUCAUCUACUGAUUAUACUAGUAUAAUUUUCAAUCAAUCAAAAACUAUUUCAACAGAUGAAUUAAUACCUUUACUUGAUAAAUUAGUACGUCAAUUAAAACAUACUCGUAGUGAACAACGUCUUGGAAAACUUAAUGAUAUUAUUUAUGCACUUAUACCUGUUCGUCCAUCAAUAUUAGUAUCAGUUGCUCAUCAUAAAUUAUUUAUUCAUAUAGAAGCACCAUUUAGUGAAGUUAUUCAACAAUGGUCUAAUAAAUCCAAAUUAAAUGAUGAUCAAUCAUUUUUAUUUCAAAUUACACCUAAAUUAUUAAAAAAAAUCUUUAAGAAUAGUAAUGAAACUGAUUUUUAUCCAUCAUGGUUAUUUGAUUCAUCAUUUAUUGAAAUUAUUCGUGAUUGUUUAACAAAUAUAUCAAAACCAAAUAAAUAUAUUAUUGACAAUAAUCAAGAUGAAACAAAAAAUUUUAUACGUUUAUUUACUAUUUAUAGUGAUUAUCAAGAAAGAUUAAAUGAAAAAGAAUAUUCUAAUCAAGAUAUAUUAAUUGAAUUUAUUGAUCCUAUUAUGCAUUGUCUUUCUUCACAAGAUUAUAUUGAUUCAUUUGAUAUAACGAAUAUAAACAACAAAAAAAUUGGACAAAAAGAAAAAUUUUUUCUGUUAAAAUGUCCAUCAUUUUUUCUAUCUUAUCGUGGUUCUCGUAUUGAUCAAAUAAUGAAUAAUUUACUUUCAACAAUGUUACCUCAAUAUACUAAUAUAUUACGAAAUAUAAUUCCAUCUAUAAAUCAAUGGAAUAAUUCAACUAUUCGAGCUGUUGAUUAUCUAUUACAAAUAGUUGAUCGUGGAUCAACAAAUAUAGAAUAUAUUAGUAGUCAUCUACCUUUUAUUGAUUAUAUAUUAACUAUAAUUGAUUCACAAAUAUUAUAUACCAAUCUUGAUGAAACAUUAUCUAAUUCAGAGACAAAUUUAAUGAAUACAGCUAUUAGUUUUCUUAGUAAAAUAGUUAAUGAACCAACAAUUUUAGGUUAUAUAAAAAAAAAACAAGUAACACCUUCAUUUCUUCGUUUAACAUCUGCUAAAUAUAAACCAUUACAAUAUAAUGUUUAUACACUUCUUUCUAAUAUAACAAGUGAAAAUGAUAUUAAAACAAUGCCUAAUCCAGGUGCAUUACUAUCAACAACACUUAAUUUAUUAAGAGCUACAAUUCAUGAUAAUAAUGAGGAUCCUCAUCAAACUGAACAAUUACUUGAAACACUUAAAGGUCUUGUUCAACAUGAUCAAAUGAAAGAGGAAUUACUUAAACAAAAUGGACUUCCAUUUCUUCUUGACUGUGCACAUGAUUUCAUUGAUGUAAAAUUGAAAUUAUUAUUAGAAACUUUAUGGUCUUUAUCAUUUUCUCAAGAUGCAGCACUUGCACUUCGAUCAAAUACUGAACUUAUACAAAGAAUUGAAAAUGUAUCACAAACUGCUCAUGAUGAAGCUAUGAAAAAAGCAUCUGAAGGACUUACUUGGAAACUAGUAAAAGAACCAGUACUUUUGGAAAAAGUUGCAAAAAAACAACAAGAAGAUAAAAAUGCUACUACUAUGAUUGAAACAACCGAAACCAUCAUUGGUGAAGAUGGAAAAGAAAAAGUUAUAAUUAAAAAAGUACCAGUUAGUACUCAACCAGUCGAACGAACAUUUGACUAUGAUAUGAUGAUUUCUUAUUGUCAUGCUGAUAAAGAUUUAGUAUAUAAAAUUCAUCAAUUUCUUAAAGAUCAAGGUUUUAAAAUUUGGAUUGAUCUUAACAAUAUGUUUGGUCCAGCAAUGAAUGCUAUGGCUGAAGCUGUUGAAAAUUCUGAAUUUGUGAUUAUGUGUAUGUCAGAAUCAUAUAAAAAAAGUACAUAUUGUCAAGCUGAAGCUGAAUAUGCAUUUAAUUGUAAACGACGUUUAGUUCCAUUAAUUGUUCGACCAGAAUAUAAAGCAGAUGGUUGGUUAGGAUUUAUGAUUGGUUCACGAAUAUAUGUUGAUUUUGGUCGUUUUGAUUUUAAUACAGCAUGUGAAAAAUUAAUGAAUGAAAUUAAUCUACAAAAACAAAAAGCACUUCCACCUAAACCAAUUCAAGUUGUUCAACAAGAAAAACCAGUAGAAAUAAUAAAGUUUGCAGCACCACCACCACCACCACCUCCGCCACCACCACCGCCACCACCAAAACCUCGUAAAUUAUCAGAUAUAUAUACAAAAAGAAUAAUAAGUUCAAAUUUUAAAAAACGACCUAUUUACAAUUGGACAGAAUCAGAUGUAUUCGAUUUUCUUUUUGAUCAACAGUUAAAUGAACUUAUGCCUCUAUGUGAAAAAAUGGAUGGUCAAGCAUUAGUACAAUUAUACAAAAUGUGUUCAGCACAACGUAAUGAAACAUAUGUUUUACUCAAUAAUGAACUUCAAUCAACAAAAGAAAUAAAAUUACCUAUUGGAGUUUAUGUACGAUUUUUAAGUAUUAUGGAACGUAUAAGUACAUUUGUGCCAAUAGAAUUUCCUGUUCUUCCACCAAUCGAGGAAUAUCCUAUUUAUCCAUCUAUUCCAUAUUUGAAUCAACCCUGUGAUAUUGUUAUUACUUCGAAUGCUUCUCCAUUACAAAUAUUACAAAUGCUUCAUAAUUUUGUUCCUUCAAUAAAAUCAAAAUCUUAUUCAAAAGAGCUCAUAUAA